AUGCCUUCAGCUACCGUCAGCGUUGGCACUGGCCAUCAUGAUUCACUAUGUGAUAAGAGGGACGACACAUAUGAGUCAACUUCCCAAAGUGACUCGAUUCCUCCUCAUCCGCUAGGACUCAAGCCAUUAGGCAACCAGUAUUUUUUCACUGGUCGCAAUGCGAGGCGCUCAAUUGGGAGCUGGAGAAUUCUGCCAGACGAGGUUAUCUCGCUUGUCCUAGAGCAGUUUGAUGCUGCGGCUCUCUUGAAGCUUGGCCACACCUGCAAAUUCUUAUAUGCCUUUUGCCACUCCGAUGAAUUUUGGAAGCCUAUCUUUCUCCGGUCACCACCACUGGAUAGCAAGGAUAUCCGAUGGCAAGGAUCAUGGAGAUUAACUGUUUUAGAUGUCCUUCACCGGCCAUUUGCCUGCAGUCAUGUCAUUCUUACCCGGUUCACCUCGCAUAUUCCCAAGACAAACCAGAUCCGUCGCUUCGAGAACCUGACUUACGAUCAGUAUGCUGCUAAAUGGACUGAGCAGCCAUUCGUGCUUACCAACUGCAUUCGGGAAUGGCCAGUAUAUAAGGAGUGGACUCUCGAUAGCAUGCUCCAGACCUUUGCCGAGGUCGAGUUUCGUGCUGAGGCUGUUGACUGGCCAUUCGCAACCUACCACACAUACAUGAAGAACAACAGCGACGAAAGCCCUCUGUAUCUCUUUGACCGGAGAUUUGCCGAAAAGAUGGGCAUCAGAGUCGGUAAGAAGCCAGGCACUGCAUACUGGAGACCAGACUGCUUUGGUCCUGAUCUGUUCGAGGUUCUUGGAGACGAACGCCCUGCCCAUCGAUGGCUGAUUGUCGGUCCUGAGCGAAGUGGCUCAACCUUCCACAAAGACCCCAACGCAACGAGUGCUUGGAACGCUGUAAUUCAAGGAUCCAAGUAUUGGAUAAUGUUCCCACCAGCCACACAGGUGCCCGGUGUUUAUGUUUCCGAUGACAGCAGCGAAGUCACCAGUCCCCUCAGCAUUGCGGAGUGGCUUCUCACUUUUCAUGAAGAAGCACGACAACUUCCCGACUGCGUCGAGGGUAUUUGCGAAGCGGGGGAGAUUCUUCAUAUUCCCAGCGGAUGGUGGCAUCUAGUGGUCAAUCUCGAGAGCGGCAUUGCACUUACGCAGAACUUCGUGCCACAGAGCUUAAAUCUUGUAUCGGAAGUCGUUUCCUUCUUGCGGGACAAGGCUGACCAGGUCAGCGGAUUCGAGGAUAAAGUCACGGAUCCUUUUCAACUCUUCAUGGACAGAAUGAAGAGCAGCUACCCAGAAGUUCUGGACAAAGCCCUGGACCUGGCCGAUACGAAGAGCGGCAAAAAACGUAAAUGGGAUGCUGCUGUCGGUGGAAUAGACCAUAAACAAGAGCAGAAAGGAGGCGAUGGUUUCAGUUUUGGUUUCGGCGGCGAUGGUGAUGAUAUUGAAAUACCCUAG